UAUUUUAAUUGUGAAUGUAAGUUUGUUUGUUACACUUUCACGAGAAAACUACUUAAUUAAUCAUCAUGAAACUUUUUCCGAAUAUUCUUGGAAAUAUUGAAAGUAAAAUAGUGUUUAUUCCUUGAAUUAAAAAACAACUUCUCAAUGAUAACCGAUAUUUAAGCGGGCAGGACCACUGUUAGUAUUAUAUAAUUAUGUCACUGUGGUAAUAUGUAAGUAGUUGUUAUAAGAAAAUACAGGAUGAAAAUAAUUAAUAAGGUUCUUAAUAAAUAUUUUGUUGCUAUGAGAAGCUUACUAUUAUGCAUUCUCAAGGUUUUGUUUACUAUUUCCCGAUAGUGGAAAAUUUUCGGCUGAUCUUUAGGUGUUACAAUACAAGAUUCGCAAACUGCCUUUCCAUUUGGUCCUUGAAUAUUAUUUGCUUAAAUUAAGACUUAGUUACAAUUAAUUGUGCAAUUUUCAUAUAGGUACUAGGUAAUUUGCAAAGCUGUAGGCUACUUAAUGUACCUAAUGAAAUUCCAUUUUCAUUCUCUGGAACCAACAGUUUUUAGGACUCAAUAAUAUAUCUUUUAGGAAUACGGCUUUUUUUAAUAAUGUUAGAUUUACAACUGGAUUUUUUUUUACAUUAAAAGAUGUUGUACGAAAAUAUACCUUCGUGAAACAAUUUAGUACAAUUACUGACACGAAAAUAGAAACGGAUUUAAGUAGUUUGUAUGGUAUAAUUUGAGGACACGCCAUCAUAAACUCUUUGUCCGCAAACUACUAUCUUAUGUUAUUCAUGCAUCUUUAUUAUUUGAGACCAAACUUCGAAAAAGCGUUCACCGUGUUUAAGUGUCAUAUUUUUCUUCUAGUCGGCAUUUUAGUAAAAGCCUCUGCAUAUUUCCUCUUCAGAAUAAAAUUACCUUUGCGUUACGUAGCAUUAUUAUGACACAGUUUUUUAUUUUUAUAAAUCUUAUCUGAUUGAUAUACCCCCGUGACAAAAGGAUUAAAAUGCCUAAAAGCGGGAGUGUUUUUAAAAAUAAUAAUUCAGGGAGUAGGGAAUUAGAAAUCUACUUUUCAAAUCUAGAUCACUUUUCCGUUACCUUUUGUCUCUAUCAUUACAAGGAAUUGAUAAAUGAAAGAAGAGGACAGAAUGCAAUGUUCGGAAGUCAUUUUCUUUAAAAGCAAAGUUAUGUUCCAAAUUUCCUAGUGUGCACUUCCUGUAGUACACUUUUAGUACACUAAAAUCUUCUUAUUUAGGACAAAGAGAUGGUGCAAUGCGGUGCAAUAACGCAGCCUCGCGGAUUGCCGAGGCUGUAGCCGUAUACCGUAACCCCGAACUAAUACUGCUAACGCUUUUCGAUUAGGAAUGCUAGGAAGUCUAACUCCCCCUCUUAAAGCAGGAGAGCUGCUGUUGUGGAAGAGAAAAGCAUAGUUAACGUGCCAACGUCUUAAAUAGGUGCAGGUUGACAAUACUUUAGUAGUAUUGCUAACUGACAGCUCAAUAUUCUGUACUCAUUAAAUUAUAAUAAUAUAUGUAAGAUAUUUGAUGUUGAACAAUGAGUUCAGAAUUCGUAGCAAAAAACUAAUUCUGUUUGUAGGUGAUAGAUAAUCUUAUCAGAAAUGGUAGAUUGACCACAAGGCCAAAGAGAUUACAGAAACUGAUAACAGGUCAAAACUAUUUUUUUUAUAUAAAUGAUAAGUAGAUAUUUAGGUUAGUACAAGCAAACUUAAAGGCGCAUAACUAAAGUAUAGGCUACUCCAUAAUGUUCUUAUUCCUUGUCAUACGAGUAGCCUUGCCGUGGCAGCAGGAUUGUCCGAAAUUGUUACCGCGGCUUUGGUACACGAAGGGCAAAGGGAAGAACAUGGGUGGGUGUUAGUCAGUAGGAAUCUGACACUCCCGCUCAACCGAAAGCGAAAGGAGUCAUUUGAUGAUUUUCCAUCUGAAAGAAAAAUAUGUAAUUGGUCAUGCCAUGGUUGGUCCAAAAUGUAUUACUAGACCACAGGACUUUAGAAAUAAGUAUUUUAUCGUCCCAUUAGAAUAUUUCCAACUCGUAUCAUACAAGUGCGAGCUAGAUUUCUUUAUUUGAUAAUUUAUAGUGUGUUAAAGCUCGCACAGCGUUAACUUUCCCUCCCUUUUUAUAACACUUGGCGCCAUAGCUUGUGAUACCCGAACUAACCUAUUUCCCUCAUCGAUCGAUUGUAACGAUCGAUCGCUCAACGGGAAACUUAACCGCUAAUGUAUUCUAAAAAACUAUUAAAUUCAGAGGCUGAUUAUAAAUGCUUUUUGCUUUCAGGUAAAGUGAUCUAUCUGCAAAAUAAUUCUUGGGUUCAUAUUUUUUGCUUGUAGAUAAUAUAAUAGAUUCGUUUCUGGUAUGCUAAUUUAGUAUCUACACAAAGAAUUUAAAAUAAUAAAUAUUAUGCUUUCGUUCUUAUUUAAACAUUAACGUUAGUACCUAAUUGAGGUACUUAACUCAUUAAAUGAAUAUUAAUAAACAUAACACUCGUUCUGAAUUACUUCAAAAACUACCUAAUGGUUAAAUUAAAAACAAUGGGCCUAAAUUGUUGGCUGAGUAUCGAUUUCCAUUGCCCAUGAUCCUGACAUUUAUUCACCUAGCACUUUCGCUGAUUCUCAUCACAUUCUUGUGACAUGCCCAACGAUUAAGGUUAGAUACCUACUGUUAACCUAGGCUUUCUCCAUUGAUGGAUCCGGUUAAAAGGUACGUAGGUACUUUAUUUUACGAGAUAGUAAAGGGAUCUGCCAGUGCUUUUGAGAAACUAGAAUACCGGCAAUAUUUUGUUGGUAAGGGUCAUCCUUUCAUACAUCUUCAUUAAUACCAAAUGUUAUGUUGAGCUUUGUUCCUAUCCUACACUACUAAAUUACCUAUAAUCAAAAACUCUUCCGACGCUUAUAACCCAUUACCAUUACCACGUAUAAAAUACAUAAACCAUGGUCUAGAUUUCAAACAGUUUUAAAUUAUACGAUAAAUAGGUACAAAACCUAAACAACAUUCAUAUAACCUGCUGCAUUAUUCAUGCGAGUCAAAUCACAUGCAUUGUAUGCAGCGAACCUGUCACCGUAAUAACAGGCCGCCGUGAGAUGGGAAGCGAUCUUUUGUGCUGUUUUACAAAUGUUACGGAUCGUUGAAUGUCAUGAAAACUGUCCUCUGUGCAGUUCAAAUCAAUCAUGUUAAAAUGUUCUUUAUGUUUACUGUGCUACGCUUCAUGUAAGUCGAUAUGAAUAGCAGAGUCAGACGUAACGUGCUUUAUAAUAAUACACUAUGAAUGGAGCUUUUGUGGUGUGGUUGCCUUUAUUAUUCCAUUACGUCAUUGCCAUUAUGUAUCAGUGUAAGAAAUUCAUAUUUACUUUCAACCUUUUUUUUUAGAAUUAAACUAGGUAUCCUAAUUCAUUAUAAUCCCUUUUUAUAGUUUAUUUUAGAAUCCCAUGUAGAAGAAUUGUUAUCGUAAUUGUAAACUUGUGUAAAGGAAAGUCCAAAGCUUAAAAUAUAAUUAAAAAAGUCUAAGUUUUAUGUUGAUUUAUUUAUUAAGUUGUUCUGUCAGUACCAGUAUUGCAUUAUGUCGUAUGGUAGCCCCCAGAGAAUUUUACGCGGUCCAUAAUAGCUUUAGACAGGGGCAGCGAUUACCCCUUCCAGUCUUUGUGCGACAAUGUCAGUUUUGACUUUGACAAACGUCACUUACGUCACGCGAUGUUUGUUGAUGGGCUUGAUGGCGGGAAUGGAAGGCUGUGAUAAACAAUCAAUUUCAAGUGUUUUGUCCAAAUGAAAGUAUUAAAACACUACUUGUUCAAAAGUAAAUAUGUCAGAACUACGCGAAAAUGUACGUCAAGUAUUAGUUAAGUUAGUCCCGGCGUCUGUCAUCAACGAUAUUGCAUGUUUUGUUUUCUACGACAACCACCCAAAGGAUGAGAAAAAGAUUGAUGUAACAAUAUGCACGAAAAAAGGGGAGGUCAAGGAGUAUUAUCAAAGGGAUUUGGUGGAUAAUAUAAAGCUUGAUAUACGACCUACACAGAUAAGGAUAUUAAGAAACAAUAACUGUGAACUGUAUUAUUUAGUGGAGGCAAAUGAAAACAUAAUAAUUUUGUCAAGAAAAUCUACUUUAAAAGUGCAUGUUAAACUGUCUGACGUUGAAAGGUGUGAUAUAAACGACAAUUCGUGCAGAGGACAAGCUUCGCUUAGAGUUUUUUGUAAGGGUGAUGCUAUACCAAUAACAUUUACUGAUAGUUAUGAGAAGCCACAUGAGUUAUCGGAAUCAUUCAGUCCUGCAGAGAGUGACGAAUCAUAUCCUAUUAUAUCUCAAUUGAAAAGGAAGUUGAUAGAAGCUAAAUAUAGUGUGAAAUGUAAUGAGAAGACUUAUAAAGACUUGUUGAAUAUGCGUCAAACUGUUGCCUACUCUGCAUAUAAAAAGAUAAAUCCUAACAUUGAUGAUGCCCUUUCUAAGGAAGAAUCAAAAGAGAUAGCAAGUGCAUUGAAAAUGACCAUGGAAGCUCCUUGGAUCAAAGUUUAUAAUAACAAAAUUGUUAUUGUUUUGAAUGUAGAGAAUUUAAGCAAUGAGACUCUAGAAGACGUCCAUAUUAUUCUACACAGUGCCUCCAACCAAGCCAUAGAGUACACAACAAAACUCUUUACACCAACGGACUAUUUGCUACACUGGGAAGAAAGGGCCACACAAACUAUUCAAGGCCAUAUAAACACUGCUAUAGUUGUAGUUAUAGAUGUAGAUGAACUAAAAAGUAGGGUUGUAAGUAAUAUACAUUUUAAUGGGGUUGUUUACUAUAUGAAGAUGGGCAAAGAGCAUGUGGUGCCGUUUAGUGAUGUUCAUAUCUCAUCUAUGGAUGCUUUGGCAGAAGAAUUUGAUGUGUUUUCCAGUGGUGAGUUGGAUACUAACAGCUUGCUAGCUGUACUAGCAGCAACUGAGAAAACAGAUCUGAUAUUAAGACAUAUAAACCAACCGAAUGACGGAAGAUUAACCCUGGAUACCUUUUGUGAAUACUUAUACAUGGAUAAAGUGCUUUCUGGAAACGUAGCCAUACACAAAAAGUCCCCAUACCAUGUACUAAAUGGUGUUAUGAUUGUGUUGCAUGGUACAGGGAAUAGUAACUGCUACUCCAUGUCUGUUUACUCCAGAACCCCAUCACAAGUGCUAGCCCUUAUUCACUACAUUCACGACGCCGUACCUUAUACAAUCAUCAUUACAACUCUAAACUACAAAUUAACUGCUAAAGACAACACUCUGUCUGAAUAUAACGAAGAUAUACUGGAAAGUACACAAAAGUUGCACAACUACCAAAACUACAUCAAUUCUAUAACAACAAGGAGUAAAAUAGCUUUGAAAUACUUAGACGAGUCGUUACUUAAAAUGAAUGAGUCAAAAAAUCCAAUUGUUCAGAGUAAAGUCGGCAGUGAAAUCGAUAUUUUUGCUGGAGGAGAACCGGCCUAUUUGGAGUUUAAAAAGAGGAUGCGAGAAGAAGCCAGUAAAGUACUGGAAAUGGAGAAUGAAAUUAUUGAUGUAGUUUCUUCUGAGGAAAUGUGUGUUGAUUAAAAUGAAGAAAAAAAUAAAGAAAAGGUAAUGUAUCAAGACCUUGAACUUUGCUAUAUUUAAUUUAAGUUAAGAGUAGAGAAUAUGAUAAGACUAAAUUAACGUAAUAGACGCCCGCUCAAUCAAAAAAUGUAACUGAAAAAUUAUAAAUAGAUAAGUUAAAAUAAAAUCUGUGAUACAUU